CGCAGCAUCGCCAGUCCAAUGCGGCGCGUCGAUACGAGCUUCGCGUCAGCGCUUUACCGCGCUCAUACAGCGAGACGGAGAGGAACGCGAGCCGGUUACCUGAGGCAUCUCAAACAGCUGAUUUGAAAGCGAGGACGCGGCUUGUACUUCGGAUGACGCUCGUGUUUACAUUAAAUGACGCACUCUCCUGCAGCCCUGUGACACAGUGAACCGGUUGUUUGCUUAUUGAGGGAUUUCAUUUCUCUUCACCAUGACUGCGCGUCCGCGUGUCGCGCGGCGGACUCUGGGCUGAACGCAUGAGCGCGGAUCAUGGAUAGCGCGUUGCCUUUCUGCUUCUUCUCUCAGUGUAACCAGCGCGUUUCUCGAUGGAUGAGGACAUAGAAUCCCGCAAGAUUAACAACAGCUUCCUCCGAGACCACAACUAUGCGACUGAAGCUGACAUCAUAUCAACAGUUGAGUUCAACUCUACAGGAGAGCUCCUGGCCACUGGAGACAAAGGUGGACGUGUGGUGGUCUUCCAGAGAGAGCAGGAGAGUAAGAACCAGCCUCAUCGGCGAGGCGAGUACAAUGUUUACAGCACCUUUCAGAGCCACGAGCCGGAGUUCGACUACUUGAAAAGUCUGGAGAUCGAAGAGAAGAUCAAUAAGAUCCGCUGGCUGCCUCAACAGAAUGCUGCGUAUUUUCUCCUCUCCACCAACGAUAAAACUGUGAAGCUUUGGAAAAUUAGCGAGCGAGAUAAACGACCGGAGGGAUACAACCUGAAGGAUGAAGAAGGACGAAUCCGGGACCCCUCCACCAUCACGGCUCUGAGGGUACCUGUGAUGACGCCCAUGGACCUGAUGGUGGAUGCAACACCUCGCCGCAUCUUCUCUAAUGCACACACCUAUCAUAUCAACUCCAUCUCAGUCAACAGCGACUAUGAGACGUACAUGUCCACAGAUGACCUGAGGAUCAACCUAUGGAACCUGGAGAUCACAAACCAAAGCUUUAACAUUGUGGACAUAAAGCCGGCCAACAUGGAAGAGCUGACGGAAGUGAUCACAUCAGCCGAGUUUCAUCCCAACCAGUGUAACACACUUGUGUACAGUAGCAGCAAGGGCUCCAUAAGACUGUGUGACAUGAGAGAAUCUGCACUGUGUGACAACCACUCCAAAUUGUUCGAGGAACCAGAAGACCCCAGUAAUCGCUCAUUCUUCUCAGAAAUCAUCUCCUCCAUCUCAGACGUAAAGUUCAGCCACAGCGGACGUUACUUAAUGACCCGCGACUACCUCACAGUGAAGGUUUGGGACGUCAACAUGGAGAACAAACCUCUGGAAACUUACCAGGUCCAUGACUACCUGAGAAGUAAACUGUGCUCACUGUAUGAGAAUGAUUGCAUCUUUGACAAGUUUGAAUGUGUCUGGAAUGGGACUGACAGCGUCCUAAUGACAGGCUCCUAUAACAACUUCUUCCGUAUGUUUGAUCGAAACACUAAGCGUGAUGUGACGCUGGAGGCCUCACGGGAGAACAGCAAACCCAGAGCCAUCCUCAAGCCGCGCAAAGUUUGUGUCGGCGGGAAACGGCGCAAAGAUGAGAUCAGCGUGGACAGCCUGGACUUCAGCAAGAAGAUCCUUCACACAGCUUGGCACCCCAGUGAGAACAUCAUCGCUGUGGCCGCCACCAACAACCUCUAUAUAUUUCAGGACAAGGUCAACUAGCGAGUAGCUCGGAUGUCUAACCACAGCAUCCUGAGGCGUUAAAGACUUGGCCUAUGAAAUUUGGACUCCAAACAAUGGACAGUUUCAAGAGAGCAGACUUUGCCUUCACAGCAGACUGUCUGUACUGCAUUGAAUCUUACCAAAUGUACAACUUGAUGGUGCACUGCAAACAACGGACAAUGACACUGGACUGCUUUUAUUUCUCUACCAAUGUUCUCCCUUGCUGUAGCUUUUGGUGGUUAUGCAGCGAAACUAUCCUUUUACAUUUCAGGUUACCGAAGGCCCUUCCACGUGACUCACCCGGCCUCUGCAGGAAAGCUGUAGUUACCAGGAAAUUAAAUGUGUGAAGCUUUAUUCUCAAAAACAUUUAACCCUAAAGGCCCGCAGUGAAUUGUAGAUUGAGCAAGGUACCGCCCACAUAUAACGUCUUGCUAAUUGUCCUGUAAUCUUUGGUUGACAGAAGUCAUGGCCCCGGUUUCACAGACAAAGCUUAGCCGAAGCAAAGACUACGCCUUUGUUAAAAUUAGGAUAUUUAAGUGGCUUUUAAUAAAAUGCCUUAAAUAAAAACAUUACUUGUGUGCAUCUUGAGACAAAACAAUGGCAAAGACAUUUGAAGUUAUGGCUGGGCAAGGCCCUAUUCACAUUUUGCGUCUUUUCCGCGCACAUAUUCGUUAUUUUAAAUGGAGACACGCUGCAGCCACGUGGAAAUAGGUGGCGACGUGGUCGCGACUCGCAUGUGGUGUGAUGCGCUCUUUCUUUCAUGAGCGUUAGCGCUGAAUCAAGAUUCUCAGCUUUUCAGAAAUGCGCAAGCGCAAUGGAAGUCAUGCGACAAGAACCAAACAGCCAAUAUAGACAAGCUCAAUGAAAAUGGAGACAAAGAUGAUCACAGCAGACUUUUGCAACAUAUUUUCGGUGCAUAUAACUGAACUCAACGGCUGCUUUGGAAAAAAAGAGAACAUCGUGUAGCUCACGUUUUCCGCGCAGUUUUAGACGUGAAAUGUGAAUCGGGCCCAAAACAGCUCUGUGAAACCGGGCAUUGAAGUUGAACUUAACCUAGGACAGAUGUUGUACCUUACAAUUUAGUAUCAAAUACAGUACAAACACUUAGGCGAGUCACAUGAAAGAGUCUUAAAGGGGUAGAUCACCCAAUAAUGACAAUUCUGUCAUCAUUUACUUACCCUCUUGUCAUUUCAAGCCUGUAUGACUUUCUUCAGCAGAACACAAAAGAUAUUUUGAAGAAGGUUGUUAGGAGAAUCCAAAAGUUGUACCUUUUGAAUUACAUAUGUUUGUGUGUCCAAACAAUAGAAGUGAAUAGAUACCGCCAUUGUUCGGUUACCAAUAUUCUUCAAAAUAUCAUCUUUGAUAAUUACAGAAUUUUCAAAUAUGGGUAAACUAUACCUAUCAAAACAACAGGAAAUGUUUCGAUGGACAGUAUUCAGCCACCGUCUGAUUCUAGGAUUGUGGCAGAACUGAGGAUGCCGAUGGCUAUGACCAUGCAUUGGCCAACUUUUCAGUUUAAUCUUUUAAGUAUUUUACUCCAUGAAGGUGCAUGCAUCAUUUCUGAAUCCAGCUGUUGGUUCAUUGAUGCAACAAACAUAGGAAUGCUGUCAAUGUAGCAAAUGUCCUAACGGUAUGCUUUUUGUUCUAAUUUUAUAAAGAAAAAUGGAAGAAAAAUCAUAAUAAAAAUGAGGAAGAACAAAUUUCGU